GAGACAGAGACUGAACAGCGGGCGAACAAAUCAGCGGCGCCCAGAAAGCCAUGUCGGACUCGGCGCCCAGCGCCCAAGCGCUAACCCGCUGAAAGUUUCUCUGCGAAACCUCCGGGACCACCUGGACCCCGCCCAGAGGAGCUGCUUUUGAGUGAGAUGGUCGCAGAGGCCCGGAGCAGCGGACUGGUAAGCCCCGGGAGAACGGUGGGAGUUUUGCUUCUGCUAGCUGCCUUGACCAAGGCUUCCACCAUCAUUCACUAUGAGAUCCUGGAGGAGAGAGAGAAGGGUUUCCCCGUGGGUAACGUGGUCACGGAUCUUGGUUUGGAUCUCGGCAGCCUGUCGGCCCGCAGACUCCGGGUGGUGUCCGGAGCUAGCCGUAGGUUCUUUGAGGUGAACUGGGAGACUGGAGAAAUGUUCGUCAACGACCGUCUGGACCGAGAGGAGCUUUGUGGGACGCUGCCCUCCUGCACUGUAACUCUGGAGUUGGUGGUGGAGAACCCGCUGGAGCUAUUCAGCGCGGAAGUGGUGGUGCAGGACAUCAACGACAACAAUCCCUCUUUCCCCACCAGGGAAAUGAAAUUGGAGAUUAGCGAGGCCAUGGCGCCGGGGACGCGCUUUCCGCUCGAGAGCGCGCACGAUCCCGAUGUGGGAAGCAACUCUUUACAAACCUAUGAGCUGAGCCACAACGAAUACUUUGCGCUCCGUGUGCAGACUCGAGAGGACGGCACAAAAUACGCGGAGCUGGUCUUGGAGCGCGCCCUGGAUUGGGAACGGGAGCCAAAUGUCCAGUUGGUGCUGACGGCGGUGGACGGAGGAACCCCAGCUCGCUCCGCCAGCCUUCCAAUUCGUAUCACAGUGCUGGACGCGAAUGACAAUGCGCCCGCCUUCAAUCAGUCUUUGUAUCGGGCGCGCGUCCGGGAGGAUGCACCCCCCGGCACGCGCGUCGCCCAGGUUCGUGCAACUGAUCUGGAUGAAGGCCUCAACGGAGAAAUCGUUUACUCCUUCGGCAGCCACAACCGUGCUGGGGUGAGGGAGCUAUUCGCCUUAGACCUUGUAACGGGGGUGCUGACAAUCAAGGGUCGCCUGGACUUCGAAGACACCAAACUCCAUGAGAUUUACAUCCAGGCAAAAGACAAGGGUGCCAAUCCCGAAGGAGCACAUUGCAAAGUACUGGUAGAGGUUGUAGACGUAAAUGACAAUGCCCCGGAGAUCACAGUCACCUCCGUGUACAGUCCAGUACCUGAGGAUGCCCCUCUGGGGACUGUCAUCGCUUUGCUCAGUGUGACCGAUCUGGAUGCUGGCGAGAACGGGCUGGUGAGCUGCGAGGUUCCACCAGGUCUCCCCUUCAGCCUGACUUCUUCCCUCAAGAAUUACUUCACUUUAAAAACCAGCGCAGCCCUGGAUCGCGAGACCACGCCAGAAUACAACCUCAGCAUCACAGCUCGGGACUCGGGAACUCCCUCUCUCUCAGCUCUUACAACGGUGCGGGUCCAAGUGUCCGACAUCAACGACAAUCCUCCUCAGUCUUCCCAAUCUUCCUACGAUGUUUAUGUUGAGGAAAAUAACCCCCCUGGAGUUCCUAUAUUAAACCUAAGUGUCUGGGACCCCGACGCCCCGCACAAUGCCCGCCUUUCCUUCUUUCUCUUGGAGCCAGGAGCGGAAACUGGGCUCGUGGGUCGCUAUUUCACAAUAAAUCGUGACAAUGGAGUCUUGACAACCUUAGUACCCCUGGACUACGAGGGCCAGAGAGAGUUCCAACUGACGGCCCACGUAAACGACGGAGGUACCCCCGUCUUGGCCACCAACAUUAGCGUGAAUAUAUUUGUUACUGACCGCAAUGACAACGCCCCCCAGGUCCUGUAUCCCCGGCCUGGCCAGAGUUCGGUGGAGAUGCUGCCUCGAGGUACAGCUGCGGGCCACGUGGUCUCAAGGGUGGUAGGUUGGGACGCUGAUGCAGGGCACAAUGCCUGGCUCUCCUACAGCCUCUUGGGAGCCUCCAACCAGAGUCUUUUCGCCGUGGGGCUUCACACGGGUCAGAUCAGCACUGCUCGCCCAGUCCAGGACACAGAUUCACCCAGGCAGAUUCUCACAGUCUUGAUCUCAGACAAUGGAGAACCAUUGCUCUCCACCACUGCCACCCUGACUGUGUCGGUAACUGAGGAGUCUCCUGAAGCCCGGGCCGAGUUCCCUUCUGGCUCUGCUCCCCGAGAACAGAAUAAAAAUCUCACCUUUUAUCUACUUCUUUCUCUAAUCCUGGUCUCUGUGGGGUUCGCAGUCACAGUGUUGGGAGUAAUCAUAUUCAAAGUUUACAAGUGGAAGCGGUCUAGAGACCUAUACCGAGCCCCAGUGAGCUCCCUGUACCGAACACCAGGGCCCUCCUUGCACGCAGACGCGGUGCGAGGAGGCCUGUUGCCGCCGCACCUGUACCAUCAGGUGUACCUCACCACGGACUCGCGCCGGAGUGAUCCGCUGCUGAAGAAACCUGGUGCCGCCAGCCCACUGGCCAGCCGCCAGAACACUCUGCGAAGCUGUGAUCCGGUCUUCUAUAGGCAGGUGUUGGGUGCAGAGAGCGCCCCCCCUGGACAGCAAGCCCCGCCCAACACCGACUGGCGUUUCUCUCAAGCCCAGAGACCCGGCACAAGCGGCUCCCAAAAUGGUGAUGAAACCGGCACCUGGCCCAACAACCAGUUUGAUACAGAGAUGCUGCAAGCCAUGAUCUUGGCCUCUGCCAGUGAAGCUGCUGAUGGGAGCUCCACUUUAGGAGGGAGCGCUGGCACCAUGGGCUUGAGUGCUCGAUAUGGACCCCAGUUCACCCUGCAGCAUGUGCCCGACUACCGCCAGAAUGUGUACAUCCCUGGCAGCAAUGCCACACUGACCAAUGCAGCUGGCAAGCGAGAUGGCAAGGCUCCAGCAGGCGGUAACGGCAACAAAAAGAAGUCCGGCAAGAAAGAGAAGAAGUAAUAUGGAGGCCAGGCCUUGACUCACAGGGCAGCCUCCCUCCCCAGCCAGUCCAGCUCGUCCUUACUUGUUGUACCCAGGCCUCAGAAUUUCAGGGCUCACCCCAGGAUACUGGUAGGAGCCAAGGCCAUGCUCCCCCGUUGGGAUACAGAAACAAGUGCCCAAGUCAACACCCCCUCUCUGUGCCCUAGGGGGUUGAAUAUGCAAAGAGAGUUCUGCUGGGAACCCCUAUCCAUCCAAUCAGUGAUUGCCCCCACAUGGGUAGUAGGGUUAGUGUGGACACGGAAAACCAUGCCACACUCCCUUAGUUACAGCUGAACUCCUCCACCUUCCAACUCAGUCAGGCUCAUUCAUCUCCUGCCUUCCUUCCCACCCCACCCACUCCUUCAGUCCCUCUCUUGAGCAAGGGCUGUUGAGGGGACAGGUGACCUAAGCAGGCUCCUAGUUCUGAAUUGUUGGGAGAAUAUCACCACCUUUUGGCCUCUCCUGCAGUUCAGCUUUCCCCGCAAAGCAUGGUUUGGUACCAGUCUUCUCAUUUCCUUCUAGAGCCCGAGACUAUAGUGCUUAAGUUUAGGGGGACAGUCACCAGCCCCCUGGUAUUGAUGCUUGCUGGGUUUUGGGAAGGCAUUUUGCUACCAAGUCUCUUUUCAAUGCCUGGGGACCAGUCUUUUGUGUUUCACUGUUUGAUGUUCCCACUGCAUGCUGUGACUCCCCUGCUCCUCAAAGAAGAGACUCCUUUGCAUGUCUGGAGACAGUAGGGGGUGGGAAGCUAAAGGGAAGUUGAGUGUGGGGCAGUGGACAAAACAGCCAGCCUGCUAACAGGGUGUGCGGGGCUCUGUAUGUACCCAGGGUACGCCCAACCCCCCAAUUCUAGCCAUAGAUAAACACCAGGUCAGACCCCUCCACCCUGGUUCAUUCAGCCUGGGCUGAGCCACCAGGACCAGUGGAUUUAAGCUGGCAUUUCAGUCCAAGAAGACUUCUAAGUGGUUUUAGGACCAGAGAAGAAAGAGGAGCCUCUGUGGGUGCUGGGUACUCCAGAGGUGCCCCUGGUAGAAGGGUCAGUGGUCCUAGCAGGAAGGGAGACCAGGCAAGGCCAUUCUUGGCCCCUGGGUUGAGUCAAGGAGCUCGAACAAGGGAUCAAGUGGCCAUAAAGUCUCAGCCAAUGGUGGGGCUUCUCCACUGGGCCCCUGUAGUUCUCAAGCCCCUGGCCUCCACCUUAUCAGGUGCCAUUUCUUCUCAGAAGGCCUCUGCCCAGGCCCCAGGCCGCCCCUUCAUGGCCAGAGACUGGUUAAAGCCCCCCAGUGCCUCCUUGUGCAUAGAACUUCCUCUGCCCACCCUCCUCUGACCCCGGCCCUUACAGUAGUAUAGAAGCCCCCCACCCCCACCCCCGGCUGGUGUAGAAUAGCCAAUAGUGUAGUGUGGUGUGCUUUUGCGUGAUGGCGAAGUGGGCAGCGGGCGGUGGGCUGUGCGCAGCCGUCUGUCCUUGAAUCUCAAACUGCCUGCGCAGGCCUGUGCUGUGUUUUGUGCUGUGUCCACAACGCUGCGGCGACCCCUCCCUGUACUGACUCCUCUAUAAAAAGCUUCUCUUCGCAUAGUCACGUAGCUCCUGCCCAUCCCCCUUCUGAUAUCUCUCGCAAGUUUUAUACUCUAAUAUUUAUAUGGCUUUUUUCUUCGAAAAUUAAAAAUUAAAAAAAGGUUUCUUCUGAAA